AUGCAUCUAUUUGAGCUGCAGUUAUAUGUGCUUUCUGUGGGAUUUGUUUCUUCGGCACCCAGAAAGGGCCUGUGAACAAUGGACCAGGAUGGCACACCUGAAAGCAAAGCACAUUCAACAAAGAUGCAUGCAAUGGCAAGUGUCUCCAGGAAGGAGGUGGUGACAUUGUAUGGUCAGGCUUACUUGGUCCAGGACAAUGACCAUCUUCUGUGACUGCUGCAGUAGGCCAUUGAGGAAGGAGAUGAACCGCCCCUGGGGAAGAACCAGGCUGGUGCCCAACACUUCAAAGCCAUUCAGGUCAACGAAGGGCGCCUCUAAAGCUCGUCGGGAUCUAAUCAAUGCUGAGCUUCAGACACUGCGCUCCCUGCUGCCCCUCUCUGCGCAAGAAAAGGAGCGGCUCUCCUACCUCCACACCAUGGCUCUGGUCUGUCUUCAGAUCCGAGGGUCACAGCUCUUUCCUCCAGGUCCAUGUACGCCAGCGGGACCUGCCAUUACCAAUGCUGUGAUGCCAGACCUGGAUCUCCUGUCCCUGCUGCCAGGGUUCAUCCUUGCUCUCUCUGCAGAUGGCAAGCUGGCCUACAUCUCUGAAAAUAUAACCCAGAUCCUGGGCUUCUCAGUGGUGGAGCUGCUAGCCCAGGGAGACUCAAUCUUUGACCUCCUGGACAACAGAGCACAUGAGACUGUGCAGAAGAAGCUGCAUGCUGCACAAGAACAGCCAGGCACUGAAAUUGCAUUUGUCAGUGAAAUGCGCACAUCCAGGUCCUUCCGAAUGAAAUAUGGAGGGAAUCGGGCAGUGGCUGUGAGGGGGCGAUUCCUUGCUCUGAACAGAGUACCCACCUCCUCCAUUUUAACUUUUAUUGCUUUCUGCACUCCCAUCACACAAUUCUUGGAAGAUGGGCAUGAUGCAUCCAACGAUGUCCCAUUCUACAGCCAACACACAUUGAACAUGAGAAUGUCUGAUGUUACAGAGAGUGUUGUUUAUCACCUUGGCUAUCGGAGGGAGGAGCUGAUUGGUCAAUCUUGGUACACUCUUGUACACCCAGAAGAUAUUGGUGUAGCAGCAGCCUUACAUGAGACUCUAGUGUGUGACCCUGGGAGCUGCCACCAGCACUUAAUGGUUCGCAUGCUAUGCAAGGACCUGAGCUGGGCCUGGAUGGGAAUCACAGCAUCAAGGGAGCAUGGAAGGGAGAUCAUCACCUGCAUUAAUGUCAGCCUCAGCGAGGAGGAAGCUCAAUAUCUCCAGGGCCUGAAGCCGGGGCACGGAGCCGGCCCCACAGCUGCGCCCUGCCCGAGGCCCAGCGGCAGGCAGCGAGAGCAGGGGCCGCUGCCGAGGCCGGCUCCUGCGCCGGGGGGCGCGCUCCUCCCCAGCCUCCCCGCCGCCGCCCACAGGAGCCUUUACGAAGCUCUACCCAGCUCCGCCGCCCCGGCCCCAGUCCCCGGCCUGGCCGUGGGCUCCCCGCCGCCGCCCUGGGCGCUCAGCGCGUUGGCCGGGCACAUCCAGGCGCUGGCCGACAGCCUGGCGCGCUACAGCCAGCUCCUGCAGCCCCGCGUCACGCCCGACCCGGAGCCCUGGUGGGACUGCAACAGCGCCGAGACCACACUGAGCGCCCUCCUACAGCCCGCGCCGCCUGACUCGCAUUGGGGCACCGCCGUCACCCACCCCAUAUAG